AUGUCGGACGAAAUAUCAAUGGAUGAAGAGCAGCCCUACUUGCAAGAACAAUCGUACACAUUUGACACAACAACAACGACAGCAACACAGGAACAACAACAAGCCCAACAGCAGCAGCAACUAGAACAAUUACGCAAUCAAAGAGAUGAACUACAACAACGUGAUGCCCAGCUCGAUAUUGAAGCACAAACAAACUUCUUAAUGGAGCAGCAGGCCCAGCAGCAAUACCAGCAGCAGCAGCAACAACCAACGCAACAGGUCCAUCCGUCGAUCCAAUUGACAGAUGACCAGAAGAGAGAAAACGACGCGAAGUCAAUCUACAUCGGCAACGUGGACUACGCCCUGACUCCGCUUGAGCUCCAGCAGCAUUUUGCGUCAGCGGGAGCAAUUGAGAAAAUCACCAUCUUGAACAACAAGUUCACGGGCAGGCCCAAGGGCGUGGCGUACUUGGCGUUUGUCGACGUCGACAGCGUCGACAAGGCCAUCGCCACGUUGGACGGCAGCAUCUUUCGCGACCGCGAGUUGAAGGUUGAGCGGAAACGGACAAAUAUACCAGGGAUAAGCUUGGGGCGCGGGGGAGCGUUGCGUGGCGGGCGUGGACGAGGCAGAGGCGGGUUCGAUAGGGGCAGAGGCGGGUUUAGAGGGCGAGGCAGAGGCGGGUUCGAUAGGGGCAGAGGUCGCGGGCUUGGACGCGGGCGCGGUGGGCUCGGUGCCGGGGCUGGCUUUGCUCCGUAUUGA